UGGUCGCACCUUGUCUUGUGUUUGUUUUGAAGCAGGUCCAAACAGAAAAACGGAUCGGUUGAUAUGGCGCAGGUUAAGCGCUACCGGAGGUCCUCAAAGUCCUCAGAGGACGGAGACCAGGACAACGAGGAGUACGUGCCGUACGUGCCUGUGAAAGAACGGAAGAAGCAGCAUAUGAUGAAGCUGGGCCGGAUCGUUCAGCUGGCGUCGGAGACGACGCAGCCAAAGUCCUCGAGCGAAAACGAGAACGAGGAUGACUCCCAGGGCGCUCACGAUGCAGAGACUUGGGGACGCAAGUACAAUAUAAGUUUGCUGGACCAACACACCGAAUUGAAAAAGAUUGCGGAGGCAAAGAAGCUGAGCGCCGUGGAAAAACAGCUGCGCGAGGAGGAGAAGAUCAUGGAAAGCAUUGCCCAGCAGAAGGCGCUUAUGGGUGUGGCCGAGUUGGCCAAGGGCAUUCAAUACGAGGAACCUAUCAAGACCUCAUGGCGUCCGCCACGCUACAUUCGGGCCAUGCCGGAGGAAGAGCGCCAAGCCGUGCGCCAGCAGUUGAGAAUCCUCGUGGAGGGCGAGAACCCAAGCCCGCCAAUCCGCAGUUUUCGGGAAAUGAAGUUCCCAAAAGGAAUUCUCAAUGGCCUGGCGGCUAAGGGGAUCAAAACCCCCACUCCAAUCCAGGUCCAAGGUCUGCCCACUGUGCUGGCGGGACGCGACCUUAUUGGCAUAGCCUUCACUGGCUCUGGCAAGACUCUGGUCUUCGUGCUCCCUGUCAUCAUGUUUGCCCUAGAACAGGAGUUCAGCCUACCCUUUGAGCGGAAUGAGGGACCCUACGGGUUGAUCAUCUGCCCUUCCCGCGAGCUGGCCAAGCAAACCCAUGAGAUCAUCCAACACUACAGCAAGCACCUCCAAGCGUGCGGCAUGCCUGAGGUUCGUUCCUGUUUGGCUAUGGGGGGGCUACCGGUCAGCGAAGCCCUGGAUGUAAUAUCGCGCGGAGUACAUAUUGUUGUGGCAACACCCGGUCGCCUCAUGGACAUGCUGGACAAGAAGAUCCUCACGCUGGAUAUGUGUCGCUACCUGUGCAUGGACGAGGCUGAUCGCAUGAUUGACAUGGGAUUUGAAGAGGACGUUCGUACGAUAUUCUCCUUCUUCAAGGGACAGCGUCAGACGUUGUUGUUUUCCGCCACCAUGCCGAAAAAGAUCCAGAACUUUGCCCGCUCCGCUCUCGUAAAGCCAGUCACUAUUAAUGUUGGUCGCGCAGGUGCCGCGUCAAUGAACGUCACCCAGCAGGUUGAGUACGUGAAACAGGAAGCCAAGGUGGUUUAUUUGUUGGACUGCCUACAGAAGACAGCGCCGCCCGUGCUCAUUUUUGCGGAGAAAAAACAGGACGUGGACUGCAUACAUGAGUACCUGCUGUUAAAAGGUGUGGAGGCGGUGGCCAUACACGGCGGAAAAGAUCAGGAAGAACGGUCACGGGCCGUAGAUGCGUACCGCGUGGGCAAAAAAGAUGUGCUGGUAGCCACGGACGUGGCCUCGAAGGGCCUGGACUUUCCCAACGUGCAGCACGUAAUUAACUACGACAUGCCAGACGAUAUCGAAAACUAUGUGCAUCGCAUCGGCCGCACAGGUCGGUCCAACACAAAGGGCUUAGCAACCACAUUGAUUAACAAGAUCACCGAGCAGUCUGUAUUGCUCGACCUCAAGCAUCUGCUCAUCGAGGGCAAGCAGGAGGUGCCCGAUUUCUUGGACGAGCUGGCGCCGGAGGCCGAGCACCAGCACCUGGACUUGGGCGAUUCCCAUGGUUGCACCUAUUGUGGCGGUCUGGGUCAUCGUAUCACAGAGUGUCCAAAGCUGGAGGCCGUCCAGAAUAAGCAGGCUUCUAACAUAGGACGUCGCGACUAUUUGUCAAAUACUGCUGCAGAUUACUAAACCACUGCCUUGACCUAUGUGUAAGAAUACUGCGACGCAGGAAUAAAUCUAUCGUAUACAUUCAAACAUA